AUGUCGUCACACAAAGCUACCGGCAAAAAGUCGAUGCUUCCUCCCAUUAACUUGAUUUUCAAGUACUUGCAACAACAAUCACCAGUUACCAUCUGGCUCUACGAACAAACCCAGCUGAGAAUACAGGGCAAGAUCCGUGGGUUUGAUGAGUUCAUGAAUAUUGUAAUAGACGACGCCGUAGAGAUUUCCACUAAGGACGGGUCCAAGGAGGAAUUAGGCAGAAUACUAUUGAAGGGUGACAACAUUACUUUGAUUUCCAGUUUGGAUGUCUAG